AUGUGGCCUAACAGCAGCUUCAAUUCCUUCCUGUUGACUGGUUUUCCAGGCCUGGAGGCAGCUCACCACUGGAUUUCCUUUCCCUUCUUUUUUGUCUAUAUCUCUAUCCUCAUUGACAAUGGAAUCCUCCUUCUUCUCAUUAAGGAAGAUCACAACCUCCAUGAGCCCAUGUACUAUUUCCUGGCCAUGCUAGCAGCAACAGACCUAGGGCUGACCUUGACCACAAUGCCCACAGUGCUGGGCGUCCUCUGCUUGGACCACAGGAAGAUUGCAGAUUCAGCCUGCUUUUCCCAAGCCUACUUCAUACACUCACUUUCCUCUGUAGAGUCUGGUGUUUUGCUUGCCAUGGCCUAUGACCGUUUUAUUGCUAUCUGCAGCCCUCUUAGAUAUACUUCUAUACUCACCAAUACUCGAGUGGUGAAGAUAGGGCUGGGAGUUCUGAUGAGGGGAUUUGUAUCUAUUAUCCCCCCAAUAAUGCCCCUCUAUUUUUUCCCUUAUUGCCACUCCCAUGUCCUUUCCCAUGCAUUCUGCCUUCACCAAGAUGUCAUCAAACUGGCCUCUGCUGACACUACCUUCAAUCGACUCUACCCCAUUGUACUCGUGGCCCUUAUAUUUGUGCUGGAUUCUUUGAUUAUCCUCAUCUCCUAUGUGUUGAUCCUGAAGAGUGUCCUAAGCACAGCCUUCAGAGAGGAGAGGGCUAAGGCCCUCAACACCUGUGUCUCCCAUAUCUGCUGUGUCCUGGUUUUCUAUGUCACAGUGAUUGGAUUGUCUAUGAUUCAUCGGUUUGGAAAGCAGGUUCCACAUAUCGUCCACCUCAUUAUGAGUUAUGUCUGUUUUCUGUUCCCUCCAUUAAUGAAUCCUCUAAUAUACAGCGUCAAGACCAAGCAGAUCCAGAAUGGCAUCCUUCACCUUUUUACUACCCAUAGAGUGGGAAUCUGA